ACGGAUCAGGCAGCGCCAACGGUCACAGCGCUUCCCCCAAACAAACCACAGCAAAACAGAGAGAAGCAGUGAGAUAAACGCGCCUUUUACACCGGGACAUCACGCAAACUCCGGAGGGAAACAGUACGUUAAAUAAGGACUUUAAAUACGAACUUUAAAAGCGCUUUUUUGGAGGUGUACAAAUGAAGAAUGGGAUCGAAAAGUGAGCAGCUGCUAAUCGUGGUGUGCAUUUUAGAAGGUCGGCACUUCCCGAAGAGUUCCCGCCUCAGUCUGAUUGUUCAGGCCAGUUUCGAUGGAGAGACCCUGAGCACAGACCCAGUGGAACACCGCGAGCAGCCGCAGUUUAGCACCGAGCUCGCCUGGGAACUGAGCCGACGCACACUGCACCAACACAGACUGCAGAGGACUCCCAUUAAACUGCAGUGUUUUGCAGUGGACUCAGUCAGUAAAAAGAGAGAGAGUGUGGGGUACAUUGUGCUGGACCUGAGAUCAGUGCAGGAGCGGAAACAGGACCCUCGCUGGUUCCCGCUUCUCAACAGUAAAUACACCAAACUGAAGCCUGCGCUGCUUCUGUCUGUGCAGCUCGAGACCGACUCCAAACCAGAUCCAGUGUCACCGGACAAGUUCAGGGCCAAACAGGCUCCUCCCAGGACCGCGUCUCCUGCUCUGGACCUCCUCCCUGACAGACUGCAGCCAGUCCUUGUUGCGGAUCGUGGGUUCCAUCAGAUUGGACCUGAGGAUCUGUGCUCAGACAUGUUUGUGCUCUCCGUCACUGUAGCCUUCGCUACCAAACUGCAACAGCUGAUCCCAUGUGACCUGAAGCUCUCUGCUGAGGGCUCGGACUUCUUCUUCUACUACACUUUACUGGGCAAUGACAUCACGAGUGAACCCUUCCACAGUCUCCUCACGCCGACCUUCGAGCCGGAGCGCGCCUCUGUGCGCAUCCGCAGCAGCAAACAGUUCCUGCACAGGUUCCUACACCAGGAGAAGAGUCUAGAGAUCCACUUGUGCUGUGGCAGUCUGUCUUUGGGCAGUGCAGACGUACCUCUUGCUCCUCUCUGCUCCUCCUCUAUUGAUCUGGAAACUAAAGCAGCCACAGCGGAGGGAGCGUUUGUGCUAAAACCUCCUAAAAAACAAACUCAACCGGCCGUGAGGGCGGAGCUUCCCACUGUGGGCGUGGCCGUGACACUGAGGAGGGAGGAUGCACCUGUGCAGACUUCAGAGCCAAACGAAGCCGCUCCCUCAUCUCUUCCUGAGGCUCCCCUGGUGCCUCUGGUCCCUGUGGUCUCUUCUGGUCCUUCAGUCCAGCCCGAUCCUGGUCCUGAUCCAGGCCCAGGUCUAGACCAGGGUCCCAGGUCUCCGGUACUGUCUCCCAUCCCCAGAGAGGCUCCUCUCUGUGAGUUUGAGAGCGAGGGCGAGGGUGUGAUGGACGAGCUGCACCAAGAAAGGGCGCAGGACAAAGCGCCCCCUGCAGACUCAGACACGUCAUCACUCUCAGUCUCUGCUCCUAAAGUGUCCAUCCCUCCGUUGGCUCAUCACUUCUGCUUCUCUCUGGAUCUGAGGAGCAUUGGGAACCUCCGCCUCCCCCACCCCAUAUCAGCGACUCUCAGAUACCAGUACAGUUUCUUCGGCUCGUCUGCACCUGUGAUGACCCCUGUAGUGACCCUGAGCAGACACUCGGAGGCGCUGUUACCACAGUCCUUCUGUGCGUUUGACUUUGCUGCUCUUCCUCAGCAGCUGCACCUCUCCUUCAACACAGUGCCGCUGGUAGUAGAGCUGUGGCACCGCCCCCUCAGCUCACGGGACGAGCUGAUUGGCCGAGCCUCGCUGCAGCUGUCUCACCUGCUCAGGUCACCCCGGGUCAAAGGUCAGAGGUUGUCGUCAGCGGAACAGAGCUGGAGGCAGACGCAUCAGGAGAGGGUGCCCUUCCUGCGUGUGGACAGGCCUACAGAGAGCGCCGCUGAGCUGAGCUACAUGGCAUCUCUGGACGACCUGGGUUUGGUCAGAGCCACAGAGGUCACUGUGACAGAGUCCACUCCAACUGAUCCUGCUCCCCCUCACCCCACAGCGCCCCCUUCUGUCCCUGCUGCCCCCCCUGUCCUUCCCCCUCCUGUCCCUCCCUCUGGCCCCCCUCCGUCUCUUGUCCCGCCUAGACAGACCCUGGAGUACCGCGCAGCUUUGGAGCUGGAGAUGUGGAAGGAGGAACAAGAAGACCUGUUUGACCACCAGUUGAAGCAGAAGGAGCAGAGCCACAUGCAGGCGCUUGCAGAGGAGUGGAAGAGGAGGGACCAGGAGAGAGAGGCUCUGCUGCAGAAGAAGGAGGAGGAGUUUCAGUGUCUGGAGGAGCAGCUUCACAAAACUCUGUCAGAUUUGGAGGCGAGAGAGAAACGUCUGGGAGAAGCCGAGCUACAGACGGAGCGCCUGCAGAGGGAGCUACGUGCUGAACACUCUCUGACCCUCACCGAGCUGAAGGAGAGUGGCCGCAGACUGCAGCUCGACUGUGACCACCGCGUGGCGCUAGAGAGAGACAAGAGCCGCCUGCUGCAGGAGGAAAGGGAGAGACUACUGCAGCAGAUCUCAGACGCAGAGGCAAAGUACAAGAGUCUGGAGAAAGAGUUCCUCCUCUACAGAGAACAACAGAACAUGAGACCAGAGUUAAGACUGCAGUCUGAGAUCAACCUGCUCAUGCUCGAGAAGGUGGAGCUGGAGAGGAAGCUGGAGUCCAUCACUAAGUCUAAACUACAUUAUAAACAGCAGUGGGGACGUGCUUUAAAAGAACUGGCUCGCUUCAAACAGCGCGAGCAGGAGAACGCCAUGUGUCGUCUGAAGAAGCAGCAACAGGAGCUGGAGGUUAUGAGGCUCAAGUAUCUGAGCUCCGAGGAACGAAAAGUCACAGGUCAAGAGAGGGAGGAGCUGGAGGAGAUAAAGAACCAAAUCAACAGGUUGAAAGAUGAGAGAUUAGUCCCUGCCCCCUCACUAUCAGGCCCUGCCCCCUCGCUCCCAGGCCCCGCCCCCUCACUCUCAGGCCUUGCCCCUUUUGGUGACGGCCAUUUGAGUGAUCACCUGAGCCGCCUCCUGGAGGAGAGAGACACACUGUUGAGGACUGGAGUUUACACUCACGAAGACAGAAUCAUCUCUGAGCUCAACAGACAGAUACAGGAAGUGAUGAAGGGCCACUGACCAAUCAGAGGAGACCACGAGACAGAUGGACCAGUCACAGGAGGCUGUGGAGGAGCAGGACAAACAAACAGAGAGCAGGAGGGGGACAAACAAAUGCAUUUAAAUAUUAAUAAUAAAGUGGGACUAACCGCCUAAACUCCACCCAUUCACCUUAGAAAAAGAACUGCUAAACUGGACCUUUAGGACUAAAGGGGAGCGUGAGGGGGAGGAGGGACGGUGAUCACAGUCCCAGGUCUCCAUCAUGUCUUGUUCUCCUUGUUGUGUCUCGUUUGGCUUUUGUUGUGUAGAAACUAUAAAUGUUUUAUUUUGUUAUUUAUGAAUUUGACAGAUUUUUUAAGUAAAUUUGAUACAGACUUGUCCAGUUUUAUCUGAUUUUUUUUUUUUUUUUACAUAAAACAUAAUGAUGCUUUUUCAAUUUAAAAGGUUGUUUUUGUCCUUUUCCACCUUCUGCACAUGACCCCAACAAGGCUAACCACUCUGCCACUGCACCUCUGAUGAACUCUUGUCAUGUAAAACAAUGUAGGGUUGCAUUAAGCACUGAAAUAGUAAAAAGUAGUUUUGAUACUGUUCUCUGGACUGUGCUUUACAACACA